AUGGUUUUUUCCACACACGGCAUUCGUGUCGUUUACAACACCGCAAAUGUUGACAGGUCCCUUUACGCGGUUGUGCACUGUAGCGACGGAAAGUACGCGGAGGUAUCAAAGGAUCACCUUAACCGGCUAAAAUUUAUUGAGAAAUCAAGCGAAGAGGAAGAUAUUGAAUUUGAUUAUCCGGAAGCGGUUCUCGAGAGCCUUGCCCAGUGGACACUUAAGUACGGCAUGGAUGGGGUUGCAGUGAGCAGCACAGUUAGGCCCUGCAUAUAUCGUAACGUGCAGCAUGUUUUGAAGGACGACUGGGAGAGAGAAUUUUUCACUACCCGCCUUAUGAAUGACUUGAACAUCAUGCAUUAUCUGCAAACGAUAAAUGCGGCGGAAAAGUAUGAGAUGAAGGGGUUUCACGAUUUCCUUUGUGUUUGUCUGAGUUGCAAACUUCGCAAUGAGGAAGAUACAGAACUUGUGCACAAGAUAAUGGGACUCGAGGAUUUCGUAGAAAUCGGUCCAAGUGAUCUUGAUGAAGCUGCAUGUCGAUAUACGUGGCUUGACCAAGCUAUCAAACCAACGGUGAGGAGGUAA